AUGCUCUGUCGCCUUCCAGCACUAUUCUCUGUACUGCGCCACACAUGUAGAGCUCAACUCAUAUAUGGCAAGCACCAUUUUCGUCAUUCUUGGGACGGCAUGGCAAAGGUAGCAAAUCGUGUCUGCUUGAUCGUCAUUGACGGUUGGGGCCUGUCUGAUGAGUCCAACGGCAAUGCCAUCAAGAACGCGAACACGCCUGUCAUGGAUGGCUUGUGCUCCGGUAACUGGACCCAGAUUGAAGCACAUGGCCUUCACGUCGGUCUUCCCGAAGGACUUAUGGGUAACUCUGAGGUCGGCCAUCUUAAUAUAGGUUCCGGUCGCCCGAUCUAUCAGGACAUUGUACGUAUCAACCUCUCAAUCAGGGAUAACACCUUGGUGAAGAAUGAGGCGCUUGUAGCGGCAUGCAAUCGCGCCAAAUCUGGAAAUGGACGUCUUCAUUUGGCUGGACUGGUUUCUGAUGGAGGCGUUCAUUCACACAUUGACCACUUGUUCGCCCUCAUAAAAGCUAUCAAAGUGCUGGCAGUGCCCGAAUUGUAUCUUCAUUUUUACGGUGACGGACGCGAUACCUCACCAACUAGUGGAGUUGGAUUUUUAGAGAAGACCAUCGCGUUUAUCAAGGAGCAGAAUUAUUGCCAAUUAGCUACGAUUGUUGGCCGCUACUACGCUAUGGAUCGUGACAAGCGAUGGGAACGGAUUUGUGUUGCAUAUGAAGCUAUGAUCGGGGGAAAAGGCGAAGCAACCACUGUUGAUCAGGCACCAGCUGUAGUACGAAAACGUUAUGAAGCUCAGGAAACUGAUGAAUUCCUGAAGCCAAUUAUUUUGAAUGGCGAUAAGGCGCGCGUGAAAGAUGGGGACACGCUCAUUUUCUUUGAUUACAGAGCUGAUAGAAUGAGAGAAAUUUCGGAGGUUAUGGGAAUGGAGCGAUACAAGGAUUGUAAAUCGUCGCUUCCACAUCCAAAGAACGUUCAUGUUGUUGGUAUGACUCAGUACAAAGCCGAAUUUCCAUUUCCCGCUCUCUUCCCACCACUUUCUAAUAAAAACGUCUUGGCAGAAUGGCUGGCCACGCAGGGCUUGACACAGUUUCAUUGCGCUGAAACUGAAAAAUAUGCGCAUGUAACAUUCUUCUUCAAUGGUGGUGUUGAAAAACAGUUUGAGAAUGAAGAAAGAUGUAUGGUGCCGAGCCCUAAGGUGGCUACAUAUGAUCUGAUGCCGGAGAUGUCUUCAGCUGGAGUUGCGGACAAGAUGGUCGAGCAGAUCAAAUCGAAGAAACAUCCAUUUGUCAUGUGCAACUUCGCACCUCCUGACAUGGUCGGCCACACUGGGGUGUAUGAAGCUGCAGUAAAGGCCUGUGAGGCUACCGAUAAGGCUAUUGGAAGGAUUUUUGAAGCAUGCAAGGAGAAUGGUUAUGUCCUAAUGGUGACAGCUGAUCAUGGCAACGCUGAGAAGAUGAAAGCUCCGGACGGUGGUAAGCAUACCGCCCACACUUGCAACCGUGUACCUUUCACUUGCAGUAGUAAAGAUUUCAAAUUCAAAAAGAUAAGUGAACGGGCUCCUGCGCUAUGCGAUGUAGCACCGACCGUCUUGGCUGUCAUGGGACUACCCAAACCCAGUGAAAUGAGUGGUGUUUCCCUCGUCGACAAAGUCUAA